AUGGACGCAGAUGAUUUAGAACUUCUAGAAGAAGAAUGUAACAAUCAACCAAUUCGAUAUCUUCCAAAAGUUCUGAAUGGAGGAAUUUCGGGAAUUAUUGGAGUUUCUUGUGUAUUUCCAAUGGAUCUUGUCAAAACUCGUCUCCAAAAUCAAAAAGGAACAAAUACUUACACAGGAAUUAUCGAUUGUUUCAAGAAAACGUGGCAAUCAGCGGGACCAAAACGAAUAAAUCAGGUCAAAGGAUUGUAUCAAGGUGCAUCGAUCAAUAUUUUUCUCAUCACUCCUGAAAAAGCCAUCAAAUUAGUGGCCAACGAUUUUUUUCGACACGCUUUGAUGCGUGAUCGAGUGGAGAGGUUAUCGGUGCCACGUGGAAUGUUGGCUGGUGGAGCUGCUGGAUUUUGCCAAGUUAUUAUUACAACUCCAAUGGAAUUGUUGAAAAUUCGAAUGCAACAAUCGGAAAAAAGAGAAAAAGUGACGAGAAUUGUAUGGGAUUUGUUGACGAAAAAUGGAGGUUUGUUGAAAAAUCUGAUUUUUAUGAAAUGUGGAAGAGGAAAAGCUAGUCACUCGCAAAAUUUCGAAUGCCUGUGUGCGCUCGCGGUCGCGAUGCGGUCGAAAUAAAAUCGAUAUUGCCAUUUUUUCAUUUUUCCUCGAAAAUGUUGUUUUUUUGUCAAUUUUUGCCUAAAUAGAUUAAAUUUAUUCAUUUUUAAUGUUGUUUUUGUUGAAAAAUUUGAAUAUUUUCAUCAUUUUUACUGAAAUUAAUGUUAGAACAACAUUGAAAAUGAAUAAAUUUAAUUUAUUUAGGCAAAAAUGACCGUUUUUUUUUUGAAAAAACUAUCGAUUUUAUUUCGACCGCAUCGCGACCGCGCGCGCACACAGACAUUUAUUAAUUUUCGAAAUAUUUGUAUUUUACGCGCUCCACCGAAAUAAACACGCAACGCAGACCGCGUCGCGCCACAACAUACACAAAAAAGGGAGAGAAUUUGAAUCGUUUCCUGUUUUGGUGUCUGUUGUGGCGCGACGCGGUCUGCGUUGCGUGUUCAUUUCGGUGGAGCGCGUGCUACCGAUUAGAUUUUCGAUAAUAUUUUUGAAGUUGAAUAGUCUGGCCGCGUGCGGUUGUGCGUCGCGGUCGGGAAUCAGAAUGAAUUAUUGAUUGUUUCCCGACCGCGACGCACAGCCGCGACGCGACUGACGAACUAAUGGUUUUUCAAUUUUGCACAUAAUAUUUUGUAAUAAAAAAAAACAUAUUUUUCCAAUGCAGAAAAACGUCGAAAUAUACAGUUUAUUAUUUUUUGAGUAGAGACAAUGUGAAAUUGAGAGAGUGCAGACAGUUUUUUGUAUUUUUUGUGCGAAAAAAUUGUCUGAACUCUCUCAAUUUCACAUUGUCUCUACUCAAAAAUAAUAGGAAAAUCAUGUUUUUUUAUUACAAAAUAUUAUUCUGCAUAGGCCCAGAAUCCUUUUUUUUUCUCUCCAGGAAUCGCUGCACUUUAUCGAGGACUUGGUCCAACAAUGGCACGUGACAUCACUUUCUCAGCUCUAUAUUUUCCACUUUUUGCAUAUCUUGAUGGAUUGGGUCCAAGAAAAAAGGAUGAUUCUGGUGAUGCCGUAUUUUGGGCGAGUUUUGUGUCGGGUUUGACGGCUGGAGCGAUUGCAUCAUUUAGUGUCACACCUUUGGAUGUUGUUAAAACACGGAUACAAGCUGGAGAGGUUUGUUGCACUAGAACUUCAUUGAAAUGCAAUUUUUGGGAGAAAAAUGAAUAAAACAACGACACUCCGCUCGUGGCAAGCGGAGUGUCGUUGUUUUUCCACGUUUUUGAGGAUUUCAGAGUAAAUCUGGGUGAAUUAUUUUCUAGAGAAUUUCAAGAGCUUCAAAAUGAAACUAGACUCUAGUUUCAGGGAAAACUUCAAAAAUAUGUGGCCGAAUUAUUUUGGUGGCCGAGAAAUGUCGGGAAUUCGGCCAGUCGCAUCAAACUCGCUCUAAUGUUUCGUAAAUGGGCUCAUUUUUUGCUCUGGCCGAAUUCCCGACAUUUCUAGGCCACUGAAACUAGAGUCUAGUUUCAUUUUGUAAAGCUUCUAAUUCUGAAUUUUCAACAAAAUGAUGACUGUGGAAAAACCAAAAACUCUAGAAAUUCUGAAUUUUUACCAAAAUCUGAAUCCAUUUUGAAGCUUUGAAAAACUGAAACUAGACACUAGUUUCAGGGCAAAAAAUGGAAAACUACAUGGCCGAACUUUUUUGGGUGGCCGAGAAAUGUCGGGAAUUCGGCCAAUCGCAUCAAACUCGCUCUAAUGAUUUUCAAAACAUUAGUUGCGAUCUGGCUGAAUUCCCGACAUUUCUAGGCCACCGAAACUAGAGUCUAGUUUCAUUUUGUAAAGCUUCAAUUUCUAAUGAGCUAUAUAACACCAGGAAAACCCUAAAAAUUUUGAAUUUUCAACAAAAUCUGAAUCCAUUUUGAAGCUUUAAAAAAAGUGAAACUAGACUCUAGUUUUGUUGCAGACAAAAUAUAAAGGAAUCUGCGAUGCGCUCUACCGUAUUCUGAAAGAUGAAGGUCCUUCCGCCCUCUUCAAAGGCGCAAUUUGUCGAAUGAUGGUAAUGGCUCCACUUUUUGCAAUCGCUCAGACAGUUUAUUACAUCGGAUUGGCUGAAAAAUUGAUUGGAAUCGAAAAAGGUUCAAGAGUUUGAUAUAAUUUUUAAUUACAUAGUUCUUUUGUUUUCUACAUAGUAGUUAUUAAAUAAACAAAUUCAUCGUUAAUAUACGUGUCCUUGUUUCUUAUCAGCAAAAUCAUAUCAUUUUGAAGGGGAAAUUUUAGGACACAUGAGGUUUUCUGCAAUAUUUUUGUGUCUGGUGAUUGGUGCAGUUUUUGGUGAGUUUUUCUGGGUUUUUUCCCAUGAAAAUUGGCAUUUUUCCGAAAAAAAGCAAAAAAAAUGGAGAAAAGAAAACAACGAGACUCCGCGUUGACGUUGCCAGCGCGCGCGGUUUGAAUUUAUUUUUUUUCAAUGGGCUUCCAUAUUUAGGCGAAUUCUAAUUGAAAAUUGCAUUUUUCCCGCAGAAAAAAAAGAAAAAAUUGCAAAAAAAUAAAAAGAAAACAACGAGACUCCGCGUUGACGUUGCCAGCGCGCGCGGUUUGAAUUUUUUUAUUUUUUCGCAGUUUUUUUCAAUUUCGGCUGAAUUUUUUCAUCAAACUAGACUAUAGUCUAAAUUUAAUUUUUUUGACAAAGAUUUUCUAGUUUUUAUUGCAUAUUUAGGUCAAAAACCUGAAAAAAUACACAAUUUCCAUAGAAAUUUUAGUUUUUCGGUGAAAAUAUUGAAUUUUAUUGUUUAUAUUUCUUUAAAUUAGUUUUUUCAUCCGCUGAAAAUUGUUUUUUCCAAGGAAAUUUCCAUUUUUCCCAAAAAAAAAGAAAAAAUUUGCAAAAAAAUAAAAAGAAAACAACAAGACUCCGCGUUGACGUUGCGCGCGCGGUUUGAAUUUAUUUAUUUUUUCGCAGUUUUUCAUGAAAUUCUAUAUUUCGGCGAAUUCUAAUUGAAAUAAGCUGAAUUUUUUCAUCAAACUAGACUAUAGUCUAAAUUUAAGAUUUUUGACAACGAUUUUCUAGUUUUUAUUGCAUAUUUGGGUCUAAAACCUGAAAAAAUACACAAUUUCUAUAGAAAUUUUAGUUUUUCUGUGAAAAUAUUGAAUUUUAUUGUUUAUAUUUCUUUAAAUUAGUUUUUCAUCCGCUGAAAGUUGGAAAUUUUCAUUUUUCCCGAUAAAAAGAAAAAGAAAACAACGAGACUCCGCAUUGACGUUGCAUGCGCGCGCAGUUUAAAUUUAUUUUUUUUUCGAAAAUUUUUUUUUUUUCAGCGGUUGUUCCGGAUCUGGGAGCCAUCAAAAAACGAGCUCGAAACGGAGAAAUCAAUUUGGAUCAAAUCAGAAGAAGUCAACCAGUAAAUGAUGAAGAUAUAGCAAGAUUGCUCAAAGUUGAUUAUUCUUUUCGAACCGAAAGUUUGAUUUAUGAUUUAUUGGAGAAUAAGGAGAAUGCUGAAUCGACGAUUCUUGCUGGAAAUUUCAGUUUCGAAACUUUGCAUCAUGAUACGGAGGGAGGAAUGUUGGCUAGAUUUACGGUAAGCCGCGACGCAUAGCCGCGACGCGACUGAUUUUUGCAGCUCACCAAAUGUACAACUGAUAAUUGCGGAAAUCCACCUCCAGUUUAUGUCGCAUUUCGACAAGGUGGAAAUAAUAUUCUGGAUGUUCUUGUCAAUUUUGAUGAAUCCGAAGAGAAAGUGGCGACGUGGAAUUUUCUUUUUCGCAAUUGUAAAUACAAUUUAUACACCAGCUGAAUAUGGAGAAGGUGAUACACAAUAUGUUGUAAGUUUUUUCCUCGUUUCAUAUAUCAAACAUCUUGCGGGCAAGGAAAAAAGAAGCGCGUGGCCGAGUGGUAAACACGCAUGUCUCUCGAAUUUUAGGUCGCGGGUUCGAUCCCGCGCCGAGGCAAACUUUUUUUUUUUUGUUGCAGAACACGGUGUAUGGACGUUGUCAAUUGGAUUUUGGACGACCUGAGGACAAGAGAUUCCGAAGAAUUAUUGAUAAUUGUGAAGUUGGAAAAGGGUUGAAUUUUAGUCGAUUUGAGGGAUUGGAAACUGUUAAUUAUCAUCAAGAUGCUUGGUAUACGUAAGUUUUUUGAGAUUUGAAGAAAAAUUGUGCAUUAGAGCGCAUUUUCUCGGUUUAGGGGCGCCAUCAAAAAUAAUUUUUAAAAAAAGAAGAAAAGAAAAUGCGCUCUAAUGCACAAUGUGUUUUUUUUAAUUUUUCAUCACCCGAUUAGUUUUUUUCAGAAUAAUAAAAAUUCCAGAAUCCUGAUUUUCAGACAAAUUUUCUAUGAACUUGAACUUUGGAUACAUUUUUAAUUAGAAAUUUAAAUUUGAACUAUUUUUACAAAUUCAAAAAUUUUUCAGAAUCCUGAUUUUCAGACAAAUUUUUUACGAGCUUGACUAGGCACAUUUUCAGAAUUUCUUAAAUUUCAGAAUCCUGAAUUUCAGAUUUUUCAAACUUCAAAACACACGUGCACAAAUUUGCUCUAUUGCACAAAAAAACGAAAAUUUGCAAUGGAGCGCAUUUGAAAUAUUAAACAAAUUUAAAAAAUUCGAUUUUUCAGAAAAAGUGCAAUAGAGCGCGUUUUAAUUUUUUAAAAUUUUGACAUUUAAAAAAAAAUCUGCACACUUGUGUAUUAGAGCGCAUUUUUCUCGUCAAAAACACGGGCGCCUCAAAAAAUAAUUCAAAAAAAAAGAAGAAAAUGCGCUCUAAUGCACAAUGUGUGUGCAUUAGAGCGCAUUUUCUCGUUUUAAGGCGCCCUCAAAAAUAAUUAAAAAAAAAAAAAAGAAAAUGCGCUCUAAUGCACAAAAAUUUCCAGUCAAAACACCAAAGUUGAUGCUGAUAUCGUGAUGAUUGAUGCAAUAGAAUCUCUCACCUUCCGAAGCCCAUUCCACGAAAAAUACGGAUUCCAACUCGAAAGUCGAACUCAUGUCGAAAUCACAAAUCGAACUCGUGUCUUCAUCAAACGAAUCUGUUCACAAGAAUUGGAAUCGACAAAAUGCGCCGAAAAAGAAUAUGGUGCACAAAUAGUUGGACAUCGAAAAUAUGAAAAGGUUCGAAUUGGAAGUGGAAGUGAGAAAAACAAUCGGUUGAGCGAGGAAAUUAAUAAAUAUCGAGAACAUUUGGCUGAUAUGGGAGAUUCACAUAUUUGUGAGAAACAUUCGAUGUUUUAUGCGAAUAUUAUGCAAGAAGCCAGGGGAGCGAAAAAAGAAGAUUGGGUGGAAAUUAUGAAAAAUCCGGAAAAUGAACAUGUUUUGUGAGUAAAAAAUUGCAAAAAAAAAACUACGAGACUCCGCGUUGACGUUGCACACGCGCGUGGUUUUAAUUUUUUAAAAAAUUUUUAAAGGGGCUUUCAUAUUUCGGCGAAUAUUUAUUGAAAACAUCCAUUUUUCCCAAAAAAAAAGAAAAAAAACAACGAGACUCCGCGUUGACGUUGCACGCGUGGUUUGAAUUUUUCAAAUUUUUUUGCAAUUUUUUCAAUAUUUCGGCGAAUACUUAUUGAAAACAUCCAUUUUUCCCCGAAAAAAAGAAAAAAAUUGCGAAAAAAUAAAAAGAAAACAACGAGACUCCGCGUUGACGUUGCGCGCGUGGUUUGAAUUUUCAAAUUUUUUUUGCAGUUUUUUCAAUGGGCUUUCAUAUUUCGGCGAAUACUUGACAAAAUGUUUUGAAUUUUUGCAUCAAACUAGACUAUAGUUAAACCAAACUAGACUAUAGUUUAUACUGCAUAUUUGGGUCAAAAGCACAAUUUCUAUAGAAAAAUCAGUUUUUCUUGGAAAAAUAUUGAAUUUUAGUGAUUAUUCUUUUUCAAUUUAUUUUUUCAUUCCAAAAAAAAUGUUUUUUCAAAGAAAAAAUCAAUUUUUUCCAAAAAAAAAAAAAAAACACAAAUUCAAACCACGCGCGCAAACCUGUCGUCAACGCGGAGUCUCGUUGUUUUCUAUUUCUUUUUUUGCAAUGUUUUUCUUUUUUUUUCUGGGGAUGAAAAAGAGAAAGAAAACAACGAGACUCCGCGUUGACGACAUGGUUUGCGAUAUUUCGACUGAAUUUUCUCACCAAACUAGACUAUAGUUAACCUAAGUUCAUAUAAAAAAAAAAAAAUUUCAGAGCGAUAAUCGGAAAUGUUCUCGGAGGAGUUGGAACCGUCGAAUCUCUCGAAAUCGCAAAAGAAAUCUACCUAAUCGAAGCCGCCGAUCAUCUAGAUGAUCUACUCUUCGGAAUCGCACAUUCAACAUCAAACAACGAAAAAUGGCACAAACAAUUGAUGUAUUGGUGGGCAAGUUUGCCGCCAAAAUCACAAGAAUAUUGGAAAGUUGCCAAUACAAUUGCAAGUGUUUUGAGAAAAAGAUGCGAGCAUUCAACAAGCAGUUUGAAUUCGUGUAAUAAGAAAAAGGAAAAAAUUGUUGAAAAAUUUAUCAAUGAUUUGAAAACUGAUGGAAUGGAUGUGAAAGUUUUUGAAGUUUUGGAAAAUUUACCGAUUUUUUCGAGUUUUGAACUUGCUAGAGAUUUAAUUUGCAGUAAAAAUGGAUUGGAAAUUGUGGAAAAAGCUGCGCUUCGUGUGAUUUUGCGGGCAGAUCAGGGGUUUUAUGAUUCUCAACUUACGAAAAAGUUGAUUGGAUUGUUUAGAAAUACAUGCCCAAUGGAAACAUCUACAACAAAUUCGCAAAUCGCGAUUGAGAUUUUAUUGAAAUGUGUACCAGAUCAUCAAAAUGUUGCGACACUAAUCCUAAGAACUGAAAGCUUGCAAAAUGAAAAUAAUGCGGAAAAAUGGAAUUAUUUGUAUAAAGCGAUUGAGGCAAGUGGAAAGAAAGACGAAUUAAAAGAAGCGUUUUGGACGAAAAUGCGGCAAUUCAAAAUAUUCCGGCCGAAAUGGUUGAAUCGAGCGAUUUUUGCUGAUUCGCAUGUGCAUUGGAGGAAUAUUGCCGAGGCGGCUGGAUUUGAAAUGUAUGCGGAAUCGACGACGGAAUUUGAGGCGAAGAUGUUUCAAAGAUCUACUUUUGAUUUGGUGUUGAAGAAAUCUAAGAGGGAGAAUAAUUUGUUUUCGGUGGGUCUUCUGAAAAUUUGCUGAAAUUUUGAUCUUGAAGUAGAAGUAGUACGGUUGAACCUGCACAUCUAACUCUAAAAAAAUUGAACACAGAAACAAGAAAAAUGUUCAGUUAGAUACGCAGGUAUUACUGUAUGUUCCUAUAAUCUAGCAAUUCUCUGUUUUUGUACAAUUUUCAAAAAAUUAGACAAAAACAACAAAAAUUUUCAGUUAGAUACGCAGGUAUUACUGUAUGUUCCUUUAAUUUCUAGCAAAUUUUCUGUUUUUGGACAAUUUUCAAGAAAUUGGACAGAAACAACCACAAAAAUUCUCAGUUAGAUACGCAGGAGAUACGGUAUGUUCCUUUAAUUCUGGCGGUAAAAAAACCUCUGGGCUUUUGUGACACGUGGCCAAUUUUUGAAUUCAAAUUUUUCGCGCCAAAAAUUGUCAGACAUUUUUGACGCCGAAAUAAGAAUAACCCUGAAUUUUUGGGAUUUCUCGAUGCCACGUGGAUUUUUUUCUGUCCAAAAAUCCCGCUGAAAAAUUGGACAGAAUCAACAAAAAUUUUCAGUUAGAUACGCAGGUGAUACGGUAAUUCUCGUGGUUUUUGGACAGGUAACUUUUUUUUAACCGAUUUUCUUUGAAAAUUUGAGAAAAAACUGAAAUUUUCCUUCAAAAAAUUCCACGUGGCAUUAUGUUAGGACCAAUUUUUGAAGGUGAAAGUCGUGGGUUCGAUUCCUGGCGCCUACGCAACUUUUUUCUUUCUUUUUGAAGAAAAUUUCAACUUUUUGCACUGAAAAUCGAUUUUUUUUUAUAAAAAAUCACAAAAAAAUACCGAAUACCGUAUAUCACCUGCGUAUCUAACUCGUCCAAUUCCUUCUCAAGUUAGAUGUGCAGGCUACCGUACUUCAGUGGGGUUUUUAGACGCCGGAAAAUCAUAAAAUUCAAAUUUUCAGCUCACAAUCGAUACAGCAAAUCUCGAUUCCUAUGUUAAAUCCAAGAAGGAAGAUCAAGAAGAUCAAGAAAAAGUGGCUGAAGCCAAUAUUCGACUCGGUUUAUUCGGUCACAAACUUCCAACUUACAACAUCUUCAAAGGAAACGGCGAUCUGAUUUCAGCUGUCUGGAAUGCGGAUGGAAGAACCAUCAAAGCAUUCGAAGGACAUGUGCCUUUAAGAGACACCCGCUUCAGUUUCCCACUUCUCUCCGGUCUUUCCGUGGAUGUUCGAUCUUCUGGAGCGAUUUCAACGAGGAUCAAUGUGGCGGCUGAAGUUUCGUUGUGGAAUCAGAAAUCGGAAACCGAUGUUGAUGCGUUGUAAGAUCGAUUUUUUUUUCAAAAAAAAUUUAAAAAAAAAAAAAAAAAAAAAAUUUUUGAAAAUUUUUUUUUCCAGCGUCUCUGCCAGUCUUCAAACCCACGCGAAUCUAGUUUUUGGAACGAGGCCAACAAAUUUUGUGACGUCAUCAAUUUCUGCCUUAUCCACUUUUUCGACUGAUACAAAUGUUGCUUUUUCAUCGACACCUUAUGAGUUCUGCUUGAAGUCUUCGCAGGAUUCAAUUAAAAUCACGUGAGUAAAAUUAAGAAAACAACGACACUCCGCUGGAAAACAACGACACUCCGCUAAACAACAUGCAAGCGGAGUGUCGUUUUUGAGUGAAUCUGGGUUGCUAAAUAGCAUUCUGUGCAAACUAGACUCUAGUUACAUUGUCAGGAAAACAUUUAUGGGGUGAUUCUAGUCGAAAAAAAAUAAUAAAAAAAAUUUUUUUUUCCUAUUUUUUGACAUUUUUUUGCACGCCUAGAAAAAAUCUGAAAUUCAGCAUUCUGAAAUUCUGAAAAUGUGCAAUUUUUAGCUAAAACUAAAUUUUUAACUCGUAAAAAAUUAAUCUGAAAAUCAGGAUUCUGAAAAAUUUUUUUAAUUGUAAAAAUAGUUCAUAUUUAAAUUUUUAAAUCAAAAAUGUAUCGUUCAUAGAAAAUUUGUCUGAAAAUCAGGAUUCUGAGAUUCAAGUCGAAAAAAAAAUUUGAAAAAUAAAAAAAAUUUUUUUUAAUUUUUUUUUUCGACCUGAAUCACCCCAAUAUAAAAAAAACAACAACACUCCGCUUGCCUGUUGUUUAAUUUUUUUCCAAUUUUCCAGUCAAACAACUGAAAAUUUAAAUUUUUAAUCAAAAAUGUAUCGUUCAUAAAAAAUUUGUCUGAAAAUCAGGAUUCUGAGAUUUGAGUCAAAAAAAAAAAAAAAAAAAAAAAAAAAAAAUUCAACUUGAAUCACCACAUUAUGAAAAAAAAACAACGAUACUCCGCUUGCCUGUUGUUUAAUUUUCCCCUCAUUUUCCAGUCAAACAACAUUCAACGACAACAAAAAAGGAAUCAAUCGAAAACGAAAUUUCGCGCCAAAAACUUAUCGAUUAGAUGAUAUUGUUACAAAUCAAUGUAACAGACAUGCACGGGAAUUAUAA